AUGGAAUCUGAGAGGCCUAACACUACUAUUGAGACCUACAAACAACAACAAGAACUAGAAGAAGAAGAUGACGACGAUGAAGAAGAAGAAGAAAACAAUGAGAUCCUCAAGAGAAGAAUUUCCAGCCACCCUCUCUAUGGACUGCUGGUUGAAACUCACUUGGACUGUUUGAAGGUUGGUGACAUUUCUAACUUGGAGAGAGAGCUGAAGAUAGAUCAGAUGCAAGCAACGGAGAAGCAAAACUUGGGCAUGUUCAGCCAAUCUGAGCUUGAUCUCUUCAUGGAAGCAUAUUGCUUGGCACUUGGGAAGCUGAAAGAAGCAAUGGUGGAACCACAACAGAAGUCCAUGGCUUUCAUAAACAACAUGCAUUCACAACUUAGGGAGAUGACUAAGCCAACCUUGCCUGCACCACCUCCUGAACCUGCACCACCUCCUGCAUCUUCUAGUGACUGCAACUUCAGAAGAAAUUAG